AUGGAAUUUAAACUUCCGGAACUCGACUAUCCAUAUGAUGCACUUGAGCCCUUUAUCGAUGCAGAAACAAUGAAGAUUCACCAUACAAAGCACCACCAGGGAUACAUCAACAAUCUCGAAAAGACACUCCAGAGUAACAACAUUAAGGGGAGAAGCCUCAACUACUGUGUUACAAAGAGCCGGGGAAUUGUGGGAGUUCGAAGUAGUGUAAGAAGAGACAUAUCAAACUUCUCUGGAGGACACUACAACCAUAGCCUGUUCUGGAAGAUGAUGUGUCCUCCUGGAACUAGCGAUCCCAUAAGUCCGACUCUCCAGGAGUAUAUUAAUAAGUCCUUUGGAUCCUAUGAGAAGAUGGUUGAGGAAUUCAAUAGUGCUGCAGUGUCUUUAUUUGGCUCGGGAUGGGUGUGGAUAUGCUACAGACAGAGCGAGGGUAUUCUUGUUAUCAGAAAGACACAUAACCAGGACUCGAUAUGUAUGAAAACCUCAAACACAAUUCCGAUACUUGGCUUGGAUGUAUGGGAGCAUGCAUACUACCUGAAGUAUAAGAGUGCAAGGGCCGAAUAUGUAGAAAAGUGGUGGAAUGUUGUGAACUGGGGAACAGUCAACAAGCUAUUUGAGGAGAUUGCUCUUGGAAACAAAAAACUAUGUGUUAUGUCUGACGGAUCGAUUAAAUUCAAUUGA